UUUCUGUUUAACCUCACCCUCGCUCCCAUCAUCGAGUGCAUACCGAAAGCUGGCCGAUUCCCUGUGCGUGCUGUUGUGUACGCGGACGACGUCGCACUCUACGUCCGGGGGCCGACGUCCGCCAUCACCGAGAUGCGACGCGGACUACAGGAAGCUUUGGAUUCGGUCGCUGGCUUCCUCCGUGCCAUCGGCCUAGAGCUAUCAGCGACCAAGAGUGAGGCGAUAAUGGUGCACCCUCGCGCUGCCGCACGCCGCCACACCGGCCGUGUGCUCAUCGAUGGUGUGCCACUAAGCUGGGAACCGACGGUGUCCUACCUCGGUCUAACCAUCGACCAUCGCCUCACCUGGGUCGCGGAAGUGAAACGCCUACGCGCCGCCUCUCUCCGUGUGGAACGUGCGGUUCGCCGCCUCCUCGCGCGCGGGCAGGGCUGCGCCCCUUCCUUCGCCGUCCGUGUUUAUGGAGCGAUGGCGCUAUCGCGGGUGUUCUACGCUCUGCCGCUCUGUGAUGUGCGCGACUCCCUGUGGCGCGCCGUUGACCGCGACCAUCGCAGGGUGCUUCGUGUGUGCCACGGCCUCCCCCGCGUGUCGAGAGUGGCAGAGACGCUCGCCGAAACUGGCGCCUGGCCCCCCUCACUGACGGCCGAUCUCCGCGCGCUCGGCCACAUCGAGCGCCUCUCUAGAGCCCCCGGCACGAGCCCCAUCCUGUCUCUCAUACGGGAUCUCCCUGCGUCACGAGUGGGCAAGAUGCUCCAGCUGUUCACGAACAUUGUGGCUGAUCCGCCGGCUCCACCUCCAGACUGGCCGCCACCGAGUCUCGCCGUGCCCCUGGACGUGUGUCUCGAACUGCCAGGCGUCCGCUCCAAGCAACGCACGCCUCUCUGCGCCAUCGUGCAGGAGGCUGCAGCGAGGAUAGAGGACGACCUGGCAGGGAGAGCGCACCUGUACACGGAUGGCUCGGUACUCGAGGACGGCUCUGCGGCUGCUGCUUGCUUCGCCCCGAGCCUCGCCAUCGAGUCCCAGUGCCGCCUGCCCUGCCGAGCCACCUCCACCACCGCUGAGCUCGUGGGAUUACACCUGGCUGCGGACGCGCUCGAGCAAUCGCCGCACAUCGCUCGCGCGGCGAUCCUAACAGACUCGAGGCCCGCACUGCAGCAGCUUCUCCUCGAGGAGCGCGCCCCACUGCUCGCCCAGCGUGUUGCCUGCAGAUUCCAUGCCUUGCAGCAGCGGGGACUGGAUCUGCGGCUGCAGUGGGUGCCAUCACACGUUGGCGUCGCCGGGAAUGAGGCCGUCGACGAGCUUGCGCGACGCGCACACGUUGUCAACACGCCGAUCACACGGCGGGUCAGCUCGUUCGACGCCGCGCGCCACAGCAUCCGCCGAGAGCUCGCCCUACGCCACCCCGACGACCGGGUUGCGCGGGGACGCCCGCCACGCCAUCUCCCGGAGGCCGGCUUCACUAGACGCGAGCGCGCCUUCCUCCUCGCCCUGCGGACCGGUUCCGUCUGGCCCGCCGAGAGGAGGCAUCGCCUCCAAGGAGCCCCCUCCCCUCUCUGCCGGGACUGCGGCGCGACCGAAACGUUGGAACAUUUACUGUGUGAGUGUCCGACUUUUUCGAACGCGCGCGCGGCCCUCGCAAAAGUCUACCGUGCGCACAAACUUCCCUGUGCCACGGUGGACAAUCUGCUGCACCCCUCUGGCUGCAUCUCGAGCCAGAAGCGCCUCUUCCGAGCGAUUCUGGUGUUCGCCGAGGACAUCGCCCUGGCCGAUCGCCUCUGAGCCCCCUCCCCACGCUUACGGUGUUUCGACCGCUGCUGCUGCUUCCCUCUCCCUUUAACCACUCUUUUCUACCCCAUCCCCCCAGUGCAGUGCGGUUGAGGUGUCCUCAUUUGAGAGACAGUUACUGCACUGCACUUUAAC